AAGUUCUUUCAUGUGGCUAGGCCCAUAUCCAACAGUGUCGAUCACAAAGCCUGAACAUGUAAAAGAGAUUUUGACAAAGAAUUAUGUGUACCAAAAGCAAACUCAUCCAAAUCCAUUUGCCAAGUUAUUGGCUCAAGGUCUUGUGUUGGUUGAGGAAGACAAAUGGGCAAAACACAGAAAAAUCAUCAAUCUUGCUUUCCAUGUUGAGAAGUUAAAGCAUAUGUUGCCGGCAUUUUAUAUGAGUUGUAGUGAAAUGAUAAGCAAAUGGGAGGAUAUUGAUUCAAAGGAAACAUCAUACGAGCUCGAUGUAUGGCCACACCUUCAAAUAAUGACCAGUGAAGUUAUUUCUCGAACUGCAUUUGGGAGUAGCUAUGAAGAAGGGAGAAUAGUAUUUGAACUUCAGCAAGAACAAGCUGAGCAUAUAAUGGGCAUAAGUCGUUCAAUUUAUAUACCAGGAUCGAGGUUUUUGCCUACUAAAAGGAACAAAAGAAUGCUGGAAAUAGAAAAGCAAGUUCAAACAACAAUUAGGCAUAUCAUCGACAAAAGAUUGAGGGCAAUGGAAGCAGGGGAGACUAGUAAAGAUGACUUAUUAGGCAUAUUACUUGAAUCCAAUAUGAAAAAAAUUGAACAACACGGAAGCAAAGAUUUCGGAUUGACAACAACAGAAGUGAUUGAAGAGUGCAAGUUAUUCUAUUUUGCUGGACAAGAGACCACUUCAGUGUUGCUCGUGUGGACAAUGAUUUUGUUGUGCCUACAUCCAGAGUGGCAAGUACGUGCCAGAGAUGAGGUUUUGCAGGUCUUUGGAAAUAAAAAACCAGAUUUGGAAGGACUAAGUCGCCUCAAAAUUGUGACAAUGAUCUUGUACGAGACGUUAAGGCUAUUCCCCCCAUUACCAGUAUUUAGUAGAAUGAACAAAGAAGAAGUCAAAUUAGGGGAGCUGCAUCUACCAGCUGGAGUGAUACUCAUUAUACCUGCAAUAUUUAUUCAUUAUGACAAGGAAAUAUGGGGCGAAGAUGCGAAGGAAUUCAAACCAGAAAGAUUCAGUGAAGGAGUGUCAAAGGCAACAAAAGGACAAGUCUCGUUUAUUCCAUUUGGUUGGGGACCCCGAAUUUGCAUUGGACAAAACUUUGCAAUGAUGGAAGCAAAAAUGGCAAUAGCAAUGAUACUACAAAAGUUCUCCUUCGAACUCUCUCCGUCUUAUACACAUGCUCCAUUUGCAAUAAUUACUAUUCAUCCACAGUAUGGUGCGCCUCUGCUUAUGCGCAAACUUUGAAAUAGAUAUUACCCGUUUAUAUGCUUGAAUACUAAUAAAUAGUUGGGUUAUGGCUGAAGUCACUCUUUUCAAAUUUCAACGUUGUAGUUUUGAAAUCAAAUGUUA